CCUCGAGCUAUCAUUCUGUCACCGAGUGCAACUGGUGCGGUACAACUGCAAAUCGUCUGCUGCUUAGUCACGAGAUGUUGUGUAGAACUGAUCCGAGUCGAGAGAACAAGACCAACCUGAUGAGCAAAUGGUUGACAAUCACGCUCAUCGUUCUACUCUAUGACCACAGUCAUGCUCGAAUAAGUAAAUUAGGUGAUGGAACUAAGUCCGCUUUGCAACGUCGUUCCCUCAAUCCCAAGUUAAAGCUCGCUCUACCAGCUACCGUUCUUGACCGUCUUCCUCGAACGACAGAAGUAUAUGUAGAAAAGAAACCAGAAUGGGAUGGUGAAAAACCUCGCCUCGUCGGAAAGCCGAAACUUCGAACGAUACUACCAUCGACGAGAAAUCUCUCUGACCGACACACUCUUCAAGAUACUCAUCAGGGCGGCUGCAAGGAAUGUUAUCGUAAGAUCAAAAACUUGCGAGACUUGUGCAGAUUUGAAUUCGCUCUAAGAGUGAAGCCCGUCGAAAGACAGAAACAUCGAUUUGUGGUCGAGAUUCUGGCCGUCUACCGGCAGGGUCUGCACACGAACCUCACAGCCAACACGCUAGUUAAAUUGCAUCUAGAUGCGAAAGACGAAGGCUCUCUAGCAAUCAACAAGGACUUGUCCUUGUGUUCGUGUCCGUAUUUGAGACCCAACGUUAGCUACGUCGUAUUCGGUCGAAUGAGUAGACAACAGCUCGGUAUCGUGACGGCAGUCAGAGCUCAUCGUGUACACUCCAACUCGACCAUCAUCUACAGAACGGACACUAUGCUAAGAAAUCUCGGCUCCAGCUGUCCACCACUCACUGGACCAACCCAAGAAGUGCCAAACACAAGUCAUAGCUCAAUUCAUUUACCAAAAAUCGUCGGAGCAGUAAAUUCAACUGAUACUGACUUGUACGGCACGGGCAUGAUACCGAUACCGACAAAUGAGCCACAGCUUCCUACCUCUAUCGAUACAGCCGAGUGAAUUUGGACUUAAUUAACGACAACUGAUGUAGUUUGGAAUUAAUUAAAUUUGUAUAUAGAGCAGAAUAGAGCGUGUCUUUACGAAUGGAUUGAGUCAUACGUUUUCAUGUACGAAUUCUCUAGAUUGUAGGAUAUGUAUUGCAUUUUGGUUAGAAACUCUGAUACUAUCCGCUGUUUCUUACAAGAAAUAUGAUGAACAGAUAGUUGCUGUUUCAUUAAUAUUAAGUUUGUAGCAAGACCAACUGACGUUCUGUUCACACCAA